AAAAAUGACUAUUCCUCCAAACAUAAAGGCCUUAGGUUGCUUUUUUCUUCUUGUUCUUCUCAAUUUUCUAUCAUUUUCUUAUGCAUUAACUAAUGAUGAAGCAGCUUUCAUUGCGCGUCGACAACUCAUUUCUGGUACUGGUGAUCUUCCUAAUAUAGUUGAAUAUGAGAAGAAUAUUGACUUGAAAUUUGAAAAUCAUAGGCUUAAGAGGGCUUACAUUGCUCUUCAGGCAUGGAAGAAAGCGAUUUACUCGGAUCCUUCAAAAUUCACUAGUAAUUGGGAGGGUGCUGAUGUUUGUGCAUAUAAUGGUGUCUUUUGUGACAAAGCACUUGAUGAUCCUAACAUCAAUGUUGUUGCUGGGAUUGAUCUUAAUAAUGCAGACAUCGCGGGGCAUCUUCCUGUGGAGAUUGGUUUCCUAGCUGAUGUUAGUCUUGUUCAUAUCAAUUCUAAUAGAUUUUGUGGGAUCAUCCCUAAGAGUAUUAACAAUCUUAAACUUUUAGACGAGAUUGAUUUUAGUAAUAACCGUUUUGUGGGGCCAUUUCCUAAGAUUGUGUUGGAGUUGCCAAAACUUAACUUCCUUGAUCUUAGGUUUAAUGAUUUUGAAGGGUCAGUGCCUUCUGAACUAUUCGACAAGAGUCUUGAUGCCAUCUUCUUAAACAAUAACCGAUUUGUUUCCACUAUACCUCCAAAUAUUGGAAAUUCUAAUGCCUCGGUGGUGGUUUUGGCUAACAAUAAGUUCCACGGUUGCAUUCCUCAUAGUAUUGGUAAAAUGGAGAACACAUUAGAUGAGCUUGUUUUCACAAAUAACGAUCUAUCUGGUUGUGUGACUGAAGAGGUCUCUAAGCUCAAGAGCUUAACGGUGUUUGACAUUAGCAAAAAUAAAUUUGUAGGAUCCUUGCCUCGAGGUUUGGAGUUGAUGCAAAAAGUGGAAGUACUUGAUAUUGCAUCAAACAUGUUUAGAGGAGAAAUUCCAAAGGCUAUUUGCACCUUACCAAAUUUGGCUAAUUUUACAUUCUCUUACAAUUAUUUUGAUGAAUUGGAUGAAGGUUGUGCACCACCACUUCCAAGAAAUCCAGUGUUAGAUGAUAAGGAAAAUUGUCUAAAUGGAAAACCAGAUCAGAGAAAUGAGAAAGAUUGUCAAUCUGUUUUAAGCAAAAUUGUAGAUUGUAGUAAAGAUAAAUGUAGAUCUAACAGUGAAGGACCAGCCCCAAAGGACCCGAAAACCCCUUCUACCCCUAAACCACCAAAGACUAACCCACCCAAACCCGUACCAAGUCCAAAACCAAAGUCACCACCAGUUCAGUCCCCACCAACACCCGUGGCAUCACCUCCUCCCAAACCAAUGCCACCUCCCGUCCACUCUCCACCACCUCCCGUGCCAAGUCCCAAACCAAUGCCACCUCCCGUCCACUCUCCACCACCUCCCGUGCCAAGUCCCAAACCAAUGCCACCUCCCGUCCACUCUCCACCACCACCCGUGCCAAGUCCCAAACCAAUGUCACCUCCCGUCCACUCUCCACCACCACCGGUGUCAUCACCUCCACCUCCAGUGCCAAGCCCAAAACCAAUGCCACCUCCCGUCCAUUCCCCACCACCACCAACUUCAUCACCCCCACCUCCUGUCCAUUCCCCACCACCCCCAGUAUCAUCACCCCCACCUCCAGUGCCAAGUCCAACACCAAUGCCACCUCCAGUCCACUCCCCACCACCACCGACUUCAUCACCUCCACCUCCAGUCCAUUCCCCACCACCACCAGUAUCAUCACCUCCACCUCCAGUCCACUCCCCACCACCACCGACUUCAUCACCUCCACCUCCAGUGCCAAGUCCAAAACCAAUGCCACCUCCAGUUCAUUCCCCACCACCACCAGUAUCAUCACCUCCACCUCCAGUGCCAAGUCCAAAACCAAUGCCACCUCCAGUUCAUUCCCCACCACCACCAAUGUCAUCUCCUCCACCCCCUCCAGUCUUUUCUCCUCCUCCACCCAAACCUGUUCAAUCACCACCUCCUGCUCAUUUGGCAUCUCCCCCUCCACCUGUGUUCGAGGACGUUGUCCUUCCUCCUAACUUGGGCUCAAUUUAUGCCUCACCACCUCCACCAAUUUUCCCUGGUUAUUAAGAGGGAUGCAUCACUAUUAUUU